AUGAGCCACGACCAACAGGAAAUGAAAUAUCUCCUACGUCCACAAUAUAUCUAUCUCUCUCUUGUCUAUCUAUGUAAAUUUAUAUAUCGAUUGAUAUCUAUCUAUCUAUCUAUCUAUCUAUCUAUCUAUCUAUCUAUCUAUCUCACUGUGUCCAUAUCUAUCUAUCUCACUCUGUACAUACAUAUCUAUCUAUCUAUCUAUCUAUCUAUCUAUCUAUCUAUCUAUCUAAUUCUGUUCCUUAUCUAUCUAUCUAUCUAUCUAUCUAUCUAUCUAUCUAUCUAUCUAUCUAUCUAUCUAUCUCAUUGUGUCCAUAUCUUUCUAUCUCACUCUUUUAUCAUCUAUCUAUCUAACUAUCUAUCUAUCUAUCUAUCUAUCUAUCUAUCUAUCUAUCUAUCUAUCUAUCUAUCUAUCUCACUCUGUACGCAUCUAACUACCUAUCUCACUCUGUACAUAUCUAUUUAUCUAUCUGACUUUUUUAUAUUUGUUGUCGCGAGCUUCGAAAAUGUUAAUUAUGACGUCGACGACUGCAUCCAACUCUCAGCCAAUCAGUCAAUAGCGUUUUGGGUUGUCAACCAUGGUCGCCGCUGCUGCUUACGUGCUGAUGCCCGGUGGCAGCUUCGAAAAGCAAGCACACGUAAACAAUCUUUCGUUUUAAUUCUAUCUAUCUAUCUAUCUAUCUAUCUAUCUAUCUAUCUAUCUAUCUAUUUCUUAUGA